AUGGCCGGGCUUGUGAACAAGAAAAAGAGACAGCCUGAUGGCCGGUUACAGCGGCCUACCAAAAAGCAAAAGAGAAAGCAACUCCGAGAUUACAACAGUGACUCUGAACCAGAGGAGGCGCAAGAAUUCGAUGCUGUCAACCUGCUCGAUUCCGACGACGACAUUCACAAUGUUCAGGUCGACAACGUCGGCGCUUCCGACAAUGAAGCUUCCAGCUCCGAUGAAGAGAGGCCUGCCUUGAAGAAGCCUCUCAAGAAGACAAAACCAAACGCCAAGUCGCAAAAGCCCAAGGACGACGAGCCGGAGGCCGAAUCUGAGGAGGAAGAGGAUGACGAUGACGAAGGAUCGGAAGACGACGAAGAUGAAGAUAUGGAUGGCACGAACCCCAAUAAGCGCAAGAAGUCAAAGCGAAACGAUCCCAAUGCCUUCGCUACAUCGCUCUCCAAGAUUCUUUCCACCAAACUAUCAACAUCCAAGCGAUCGGAUCCUGUUCUUGCCCGAAGUGCUGCAGCCCACGAAGCCUCCAAGGCCGCUGUCGACAGUGCCCUAGAGUCCAAGGCGCGAAAACAGCUCCGCGAGCAGAAGAAGCGAGCAUUCGAGAAGGGUCGAGUAAAGGAUGUCCUCGUCGCAACCACAAAUGACACCACUGGAGAGCUGGAGAUAUCUACAUCUGAGAUCAUGGAGACUGAGAGGAGACUACGCAAGGUCGCACAGCGUGGUGUUGUCAAGCUCUUCAACGCCGUUCGUGCUGCGCAGGUUAAGGCCGUUGAGGCGGAGAAGGGUACGAAAAAGGAGGGUGUCAUCGGGAUGAAGAAGCGAGAGGAAAAGGUCAACGAGAUGAGUAAGAAGGGAUUCCUGGAGUUGAUUGCCUCAGGAGGUGGCGGAUUGAAAAAGGGUGGACUCGAGGAGGCGUAA